AUUACAGGCUUAUGGCUAUGGUAGACACCUAAUGUAAUUAUCCUUCUAAAUGAAGUGUAGUUUAUACUAGAAUUUUGGCUGUUCUUAUAAAUAUAUCCUUUAUCUGAAAAUCCACCCAUUUACUGUUUAUAUAUGGUAUUUGUUUAUAUAUGGAACUAGGAAUGGUGGUGCAUUUCUGUUUUCAUACUCAGAAGGCAGCCUGUGUUUACUGUUAUUCUGCCAAUUCUAUUCUUAGCUACCUGAGAAGCUGAGGCAGGAGGACUACUUUAGCCCCCUAUGUUUGAGACUAACCUGAACAACAUAGUGAGACCCCCAUCUAAAAAGAAAGAAAAACCUUGCACACUGUCCAUGUUUAUUUGUAAGCAGUGUGAUGCUAGUAAGUCGAGAGGAAAGCAGCCCAGAAAGGUGUAUGAGACCUGGGUGUGCUGUUCCAUGCCUGGGAGGCAGAGGUUCAAGGCCAGCCUGGGCUACAGAGACCCUGUCUCAAAAAAUGUAUUUGACUAUUUUGGCUAAAUACAAAAUGAGAUGCUAGGAAGGUGGAUCAGUGGGAAUGGCAUAUGCUACACAUGUAUCUCGAGAAGCCAUGUACCUGCUGGGAUGGCAUGACAGUCUCCCUCUGGUUCUAGAGCUUAGGAGACUGAGAUAGAUUCUUGGAGUAAGCAGGCUAGUUAGACCAGCAGGAUCAACUACCCUAGGUUCAGUGUGAGGCUAGAGAUGCCUCAAUAUAAAGUGGAGAACAAUAAAAACAACAACAAAACCAGUGUCAGUUUCUGGUCUUUACAUGUGUACUUACACAUGCAAACAUGAAUACCAUAUGUACACAUACCAAACCAAUAUUUGAAAAGAGAGAGAGCCUUGCUCUCCCUGAGGAUCCUUCUAUGUUUGCUUGGUAUGUAUUCUUUGGUAUUCUUGCUGAGUUAUUUUCUUUUUAGGUCUGAGUGUUCGUUUUAGGGAAAAAAGCAAAGAUUAAUUACUCACUAUUAUGUACAGUAAGUUUCCAGUAAGUAUGGCUAACACUCACUGUCACUCACCAAGGUUGUCUUCUUCCAGCCUGUGAAUUACCAGUAGAUGUGAAUUACCAAUAGAUGUGUAUUACCAGUAGGUGUGAAUUACCAGUAGAUGUGAAUUGCCAGUAGAUGUGAAUUACCAGUCGACCUGCAGUUGAGGUUAGUUGGAUUAAUAAAUGUUCAAGUACACUUUCUCAAGCUUGCAUCUGAAUGAUUAAAAAGUAGAUAAAAAUUUGGGGGUACAGGUAGUAGGCUAGACAAUAAAGUCUCUCUUUGUAGUCAAGGCUGGAGUUAGUGUGAACCCUGUGUCAGCCUCUAAUGUGUUGGGAUAACAGACAGACACCACUACACUUAACUUCUGCCUAAAUGAUUAGGGUUUCUUCUUAGAUAACUGGACAGCGAGCUUGAGGUGUGGUUUAAUUGAUAGAUGCUUGUAUAGCAUGCAUGAAGCCCUGAGUUCAUCCCAGCACUGUAUAAACUAGAUGUGGUAGUGCACUCCCUUAAUCCCAGCACAUGAGUCGGGGAGGAAAAGGGAGGAAGACCUGAAGUUCAAAGUCAACUUUGGUUAUCUGGCAAGUUGCAGGCCAGGCCAAACUUUGUCUCAAAACAAAAUCAAUCUGCAUGAUGCCCACCCCUUUGAUCUCAGGGACUGAGAGGCAGAGGUAGAGGCAGAUGGAUCUCUCUGAGAUUGAGGCUAGUCUGGUCAUAGGAAUUAUCAGACCAGCCAAGGCUACACAGUUAGACCCUGUCUCAAACCAAACCAAACCAAACUAUUCAGUAAAAUAACAGCAGCAACAACAACAAACUCAAAAACAAAGUGAAGGAAGAACAAAGAAACAAAAUAACUAGAAACAGUGACUACUAAAGAUGGGAAUUGGUAGUGCCUGACAAUACUUUCCUUCUAAUUUACAAGUUAGGAAGGGAAAUCAAGAAGUGUGACCGUUGUAAAUGAUGCUUAGUAGUUUCAACUUUAAGUUCAAUCAGCACAGACAUUAACUGAUAUUUACUCUGAACCCCAUGGAUGAACCACAUGAAACCAGGCCCCACAGAAAUAUUAUCUUGUGCCUACAUGAGCAAACUUAGCUCUUGAACUAUUGCUUUCGGGAGCUAUACAUAAUGACAGCUGAUGUUAAAAAGUUGCAUGAUCAGGCCUUGGAAACAUUAGGUAAAAAUAGGGAAGAUUAUAUACCAAGUUUAAUAAUAAAAAGAAAUGAAAGUUUCUGUGUGGUAGCAACAUUUAAUUUUUGGGGGUAGAGAGAGGUGGGGCCACAUUAGAGUGACCCUAGGUUGUGGCCAAAAUAGAAAGACAAUAAGCCAAGAGCCUACAGUACUUUGUUCUCUUCAGCAGCCUCCCAUCCAAGUACUAACCAGGCCCUGCUGAGAUGAAAAGAGAUAGGUUGAGGAUAGGGUGACAUGGCCAUAGACUUUUUUUUUUUAAGAUUUAUUUUAUUUAUUAUAUAUAUAAGUACACUGUAGCUGUCUUCAGAUACACCAGAAGGGGGCAUCAGAUCUCUUUACAGAUGGUUGUGAGCCACCAUGUGGUUGCUGGGAAUUGAACUCAUGACCUCUGGAAGAGCAGUCGGGUGCUCUUAACCACUGAGCCAUCUCUCCAGCCCGGCCAUAGACUUUUUUAAAGACUCUAUCUCAAUUUGGACUGGACUUGCCUAUUAGACUAGGCUGGCCAGCAAGAGAGACCCAGGGACCCACCUGUUCCCACCUCCCCAGCUCUAGGUUUGUAAGGGUGCCAUGGUGCUGUGCCUAGUUUUUGGUUUUGUUUUGUUUGUUUUGUUUUUUAACAUGGGUUCUUGGGAUCUAAGUCAGGUUCUCAUACAUUCAGGGCAAAGACUUAUCUCCUCAGCCCUUUUGUAGUUUGUGUAAAAUAACUCUGGCUGUAAGAACUCCUGGGCCUCUGUUGCUUCAGCCUGGGAUCCCAGUGCUGGGAUUAUGAAUGUAGGCUUUGCUCUUCCAGCAAAAAUUUAAAUACAAAGAAAACCUGAACUGGGUGUGGCGGCACAAACCUCUAAUUCCAGCACCAGGAAAGCAAAGGCAGGAAGAUUGUUCCAUUUUGAAGCCUGCUUGAUUUACACAGUUCUCAGACAGCCAGGGGUAUAUACAUAGGGAGACCCUGCUCAAUCAGUUCUGGUAGAUAAGGCAUCCAGCAUUUGUGAUUAAAACCUAUUUUUGUCUUCAAGGUCAGUAGCACAUUUAGUAUUAAGGUAUGCUUAAAAAUUAUGUAUUAAAAGUGUUUUCUUUAGACAGGUGUGGCAGUACACAUCUAUAAUCCCAGCUCUUAGGAGGGUGAUGCUGGAGGAUCCAGGUUAGCCUGAUAGGGAAAUCUUGUCUGUCUGCUGUGUCACAAAGCAGCAGGGGUGGGGGCUUUAAGUGUUUUCUUUCCCCAGUAGUUCUCCAUCUAUUCUUUUCCUCCACACCCUGAUCUCUCUCUCUCUGGUAGGGUUCCCAUUGCUGGCUACCCAGCCAUUACCAUCAUAAUACCAUUUAAGGUAGCCCUGCUGGAUCUAUUUAUUCUGAGUCCUACAAUCUACUUUCUCUUUUAGCUUUGCUUCCUAAAUCAAGUUGGCAAUCCAGUUUAUUUUUCCUUCUUUUAUUUCAACAACUCCUGAUUUAGGUUGGUUAGGAGGGUUUAAUAUAAUCCGGGCACAAACUCUCCCCCUUGGAAUCUGUAUUUACGAGGCUUCCUCCUUUCCCGGCUGAACGUGCUGAAGCCCGGCAGAGUACCCUGUGAAGGACUUCAGCCCCCACAGUUCUCUGUGUGCGCAUGCCCACUCUUCUUACAGUUGUCAAAGUGCUUUUCCAGAGCGGUCACAUAAUCAACCCGAAAGAAGAAAUAAAUACUAUUCAUUUUUUUUCAAUUUUAUCGAUCUUUAAAAACUGGACACUUAAAGCUGCGCAAACCAUGCAGGAUGAUUUACUGAUGGACAAAAGCAAAACCCAGCCCCAGUCUCAGCAGCAGCAGCAGCAGCAGCAGCAGCAGCAGCAGCAGCAGCAGCAGCAGCAGCAGCAGCGGCAGCAGCAGCAGCAGCAGCAGCAACAGCUCCAGCCCGAGCCCGGCGCAGCCGAAGCCCCGUCCACGCCCCUCUCCUCAGAGACCCCCAAGCCUGAAGACAGUAGCGCAGUGCCGGCCCUCAGCCCCGCCUCGGCUCCGCCAGCCCCCAACGGCCCCGACAAGAUGCAGAUGGAGUCGCCGCUCCUGCCGGGCUUGAGUUUCCAUCAGCCCCCUCAGCAGCCGCCGCCGCCGCAGGAGCCCGCGGCACCCGGAGCGUCGCUGUCGCCGUCCUUCGGCAGCACCUGGUCAACGGGCACUACGAACGCGGUGGAGGACAGCUUCUUCCAGGGGAUCACCCCAGUCAACGGGACCAUGCUCUUCCAAAACUUCCCGCACCACGUCAACCCGGUCUUCGGAGGCACCUUCUCGCCGCAGAUCGGCCUGGCGCAGACCCAGCACCAUCAGCAGCCGCCGCCGCCCGCGCCACAGCCGCCGCAGCCUGCGCAGCCCCCGCAGGCGCAGCCCUCGCAGCAACGCCGCUCUCCCGCCAGCCCCAGCCAGGCGCCCUAUGCGCAGAGGAGCGCCGCCGCUUAUGGCCACCAGCCCAUCAUGACCAGCAAGCCGUCUUCAUCCUCGGCCGCCGCGGCUGCUGCGGCAGCGGCCGCCGCCUCUUCGGCCUCGUCCAGCUGGAACACGCACCAAAGCGUGAACGCCGCCUGGAGUGCUCCGUCCAACCCGUGGGGUGGCCUGCAGGCGGGCCGAGACCCUCGCCGCGCGGUCGGCGUGGGCGUGGGCGUAGGUGUGGGGGUACCAUCCCCGCUUAACCCCAUCUCGCCGCUCAAAAAGCCCUUCUCCAGCAAUGUGAUCGCUCCACCCAAGUUCCCUCGUGCAGCCCCGCUCACCUCCAAGUCUUGGAUGGAGGAUAACGCUUUCCGGACCGAUAAUGGUAACAAUCUGUUGCCUUUUCAGGACCGGAGUAGGCCCUAUGACACUUUUAACUUGCACUCCUUGGAGAACUCCUUAAUGGAUAUGAUCAGGACUGAUCAUGAGCCUCUGAAAGGUAAACACUACCCUCCCAGUGGCCCACCAAUGAGUUUCGCUGAUAUAAUGUGGAGGAAUCAUUUUGCAGGACGCAUGGGAAUAAACUUCCAUCAUCCAGGAACAGAUAACAUUAUGGCCCUUAACACCAGGAGCUAUGGGCGGAGACGAGGUCGAUCUUCUCUCUUUCCCUUUGAAGACGCCUUCUUGGAUGACAGCCAUGGUGAUCAGGCCUUAUCAUCUGGCUUAAGUUCUCCCACUCGAUGUCAAAAUGGGGAACGAGUGGAACGCUACUCUAGAAAAGUGUUUGUUGGAGGUCUUCCUCCUGACAUCGAUGAAGAUGAGAUCACUGCCAGCUUUCGCAGGUUUGGACCUCUUGUGGUGGACUGGCCUCAUAAAGCGGAGAGCAAGUCGUACUUCCCUCCUAAAGGCUACGCCUUCCUGCUGUUCCAGGAGGAGAGCUCGGUGCAAGCGUUGAUAGACGCCUGCCUAGAGGAGGAUGGGAAACUGUACUUGUGUGUGUCCAGCCCCACCAUCAAGGAUAAACCGGUGCAAAUCCGACCGUGGAACCUAAGUGACAGUGACUUUGUAAUGGAUGGCUCUCAGCCUUUGGACCCCAGAAAAACUAUCUUUGUUGGGGGAGUUCCACGACCCCUUCGAGCUGUUGAACUGGCAAUGAUAAUGGACCGUUUGUACGGUGGUGUUUGCUAUGCUGGCAUUGAUACAGACCCAGAGCUGAAGUACCCGAAAGGUGCUGGGCGUGUUGCGUUCUCCAAUCAGCAGAGCUACAUUGCAGCCAUCAGCGCGCGCUUUGUACAGCUUCAACACAACGACAUUGACAAACGGGGUGAUGGAAAUAAAUCUGCAAAACUUAGUGAACCAAAGCAGUAGCAAUGUCUUAGAAAGACUGAGAGCAGUCACCUGUUGGACGCAGUCAGUGCUCUGAAAAUAAACUUGAAUUGACAUGUGUAGAAGUGUAUAUAAAAUUUUGAACCUACAAUUUUUUUUAAAUUGUAACAUCACACCUUCUUUCUAGCUUCACCUAAUGUUACUACUCAGGACACACAUGCAUGUAAACACACAUGCAUGUGUACACACAUGCGGCUUAUAUCGCUUGCCAUUUCACUCACUGUUGUCACCUGCUUGGGAUCGAGGGACUGAGUGAAAUUCCUUUGAUCUAAAGAGAGAGAGAGCAUGGGGAGUUUGAGGGAGUCAGUGUGCUCUGCUGGCUUGGCGGACAGUUCUCCACUGUUGGGAGGGUUGGGAGGAUAGAAGGAGUAUACCUGUUUAAAAUACACAGAGGAGAGCAAACGCCAUGUGUGGACUUUCCGCCAUGUGAGUAUGCAGUGCUUGUCCGUGCCUCUCGACGGCGGUGAUCCUUGAGGCACGGACUAGACUGGAAUGAGUGAAGUAGUGUCCUACUGUGGGGCUUUACACACCCUCUGCAGUCUUCUUUGACUGAUUUUGUGUAGCAGUGGAAAUUUCCCUUGGCGACGUACUUUUCAUAUUCAGCAAAGUUAUGUUUUGUUAACAUGUGUUCUAAUCAAAUUACAAAAGCCAGUGCUUAGAAUAAAUAUUCUAUGGUUCCUUGAGAGUAGGUGGUAGUGGUUUCUUUGUUAAUUUUUAUAAUUUUUAUCAAAGAACUUUUAAUUUUGAAUAAUUUGUGAGAUUCUUACGCAGUUCAUGCUCUGUGACUCUGUUCAUCUUCGGGCUAAUCUACAUUAACAGUUAAGAGCUUCCAAGCUGUGCCAGUGCCUUUAAACGAGACUUAAGAGAAAGUAGCUGAACAGAUUAAUUUUAUGUGAAUUUAGAUUUUAAAUGUUACAGCUAUAUUGUUACACAAUACAUUUUUUUAAAAGAUUUAUUCAUUUAUUAUAUAUAAGUACACUGUAGCUGUCUUCAGAUACACCAGAAGAGGGCAUCAGAUCCCAUUACAGAUGGUUGUGAGCCACCAUGUGGUUGCUGGGAAUUGAACUCAUGACCUCUGGAAGAGCAGUCGGGUGCUCUUAACCACUGAGCCAUCUCUCCAGCCCUACCCAAUACAUUUUAACUUACGAGCAUUAUAAUGAUGCUUUUAUCAAAGUCACCUUCCACUGCCACCUCUCCAAUUCCUCCCCUACUCCCUUCCAAACCUUUUCCCCCCUAACUUCAUGUGCUCUGCUUUUCAACCCACUGCAUUCACUCAGUGCUGGCUGUGUGCAUGAUCCGUCUUCUGCAGCAUGUAUAGCCUGUCAGAGACCAUGUGGCUCUCACUGCCACAGCAGCCAGCAGUUGUCCCUGGUUGCUCUGCCUGGGGUGGGGCUUCACAGGCUCCUCCCCGUCAUGUUGGGAUUUUGGCUGGCUUGAUCUGUGGCUCUUGUGCACAUAAGUCACAGCUACUGUGAGUUUACGUGUGCGAUGGCCUACGUGCCCAGUACAUACUGUCUCACUACAGAUACCGCCACCUCUGGCACAAUCUUUCUGCCCCUCUUCUGUGAUGACCUCUGAGCUUUGGGGUUUGGGAGUAUGAUCCAGAUGUCCAUUUAGAGCUGAGCACUACAUAGUCUCUUGGUGUCUGCAUGCUGGACAGAUGUGGGCCUCUGUGUUAAUUGCCAUCCACUGCAGAGGAAGCUUCUCUGAUGAGGACUGGCAGAUACAGUUCUCAGUGGGUAUAAAGAUAAGACUUGAAGGACAAGUUAUAGCUAUGUCUGUUUAGCAGAAUAUUCAGCCACAGGUUAUGAAUUCCAUUUUAUGGAGUGGGCCUUAGAUUCAACCAGAAAGUACUGUUUACUCUCCUAACAGUCCUGCAUUACUGCACCAGUUGGCACAUCUUAACCAUGCCAAGAGGUCUGUCUUGUUAGCACAUGUAUCUGACCAAAUUAGAAUAAAUAUUCUAUGGACUCCUUGAGAAUAAGUGGGAGUGGAUGUUUUGUUUUGUUUUGAGAGUUUUGAGACAUUCUGAGUUCAUGAAGACUCAGAAAAAUAAAGAUUCAACUUUCCUGGUUUUUUUAAGUACCCAAGCUUCCUUUUUCCUAACAGUAAUUCUCACACAAGCCUAGGCUGCACAGAGAGAGGCACAGCGUCUCUGACGCACCCCAGGGUGGACCUAUUGCUUGGUUCAAGUCUGAGGUUUUCAAUAGUUCACACAUGGUGCUCUUUGGAGGUUCUCUUAACUACUGCUACUGUUUCUGGGGACCUGCCUGCUUAUGCCUGUUCAUUUGGACAUCUGAGACAUUUACUUUCAGAUAGAGUAAUCCCACCUACCACUGGUGAAUCUGGGCAAUAACAUUAGAUUCUCAUCAGUAUGAUAGUAGCUUUCUUCAUUCCCCUCUGAGGAUGGUAAGUGAGAAGGGGGUAGUCAGUCUCCAGUAGUCAUCUAAGGGGGAGCUUUGGGAAUCAUUGAGAGUGGCUGAGUCCCUGCGUGGCUCUUCCUUCUCUUGGAGCCCCAUCCAUCCUGACCCUUAUGAAGACCAUUUCCUUCACUGGGAGAAGUGGGGGCCUGGAUUCUUGUUGAGUUGGACUUCUUUCCCCAUUGUUGACCUGUAGACAUUAAAAUCCCCCCACUUCAUUAUGUCCCUGUCUGUCCUUGCAUUGAACACAGCCACACUGCCUGUCUCUGACAUUGUGAGCCUGAUAGCUUAGAACACUUCAGCUGUUUUAUGCUCAUUCAUACUUUUUUUUUAAAGAUUUAUUUAUUUAUUAUUAUAUAUGAGUACACUGUAGCUGUCUUCAGACACACCAGAAGAGGGCAUCAGAUCUCUUUACAGAUGGUUGUGAGCCACCAUGUGGUUGCUGGGAACUGAACUCAGGACCUCUGGAAGAGCAGUCGGUCAGGUGCUCUUGACAGCCGAGCCAUCUCUCCAGCCCCCAUACUUUUAUUUCUACUCAUCUUUCUACCAAACUUUAAAUUUGCGCUUUCUAGAGAGCUUCCACCAUAUAAAGACUCCACUGUCUUUUCCUUAAACAGUGUGGAGACUUCUGAACAUCUUUCCUGAAUAAUCCUUCCAGGGUUUUAGCAAUAAUCUCAUAAUAAAGCUUCUAAAGCUUGUGCUAAAAGUCAUGAUCCUGUGGCUACCACUACCCAGAAUCCAUUUGUGUUGCUCCUGCAGAUUUGAAGGUGCUGCUCUGUCCUCCCUUCCUCUAUGAGCCCUGGAGUUGCCUUUGAGCCCUGGCUGUUUUAAAUAGCAUCAGCCUCCAUGACUUCCUUUGCUGUAUGAAUGUAGAUCAAGUGGGACCAUGGCACAUUAGGGCCACUCCCCUUCUGUUGGCAGCCUUUACCCCUUGCACUGCUUGCUCCCUGAGAAGAAUGGUGGAGGCCAGCCACAGAGCAGCUGUGCUUGGCCCUCAGCGUCACAGUUCAUUAAGUGUGGCACCUGAGAGUCUGCGCGUGGGGUCUGCUCCCAUCAGUGAAGGUGCAUUAGAAGAAUGUGUGCAUAAUGUAAAGAUACAGCCUGUGUCUCCGACAUUCUUUCCAGCAAAGACAUCUCUGGACAAUAUAUAUUUGUUUAUUGUUAUGUUGCUAGGAUUAAUAUUCUAGAUGGAGUAAUUUAUGGAGAAACAUUACCUUGGUAGAUUUAUUUUCCCAGCCAUCUCAAGAGAAUUACUGACUGGUGUAUUUCUGUAAAACAUGUCAGUAUUGAUACUCACUGAAACAGUCAAUCCUGUCACCUUCACACUGCUUUCCUAUCAGUCAGCCUUUAAUCUUACGAUCUCUGAGGAUAGGUGGUUCAUAACAGUUUUAUUUAGCUGUUUUAUGACAUUCAUAUCUACUGAAGAAUGGAAUUCAAAUAUUUUUAGUUUAUUUGUACCACUAUGCACCUGUCGCCAAGAUGGGUUUCAGACUACAGAGGUAUUUUCACAUCCAACCUUGUGUGUGUGGCAAGAGGAUCAGCUGUGUGUCAGGUACACUGGGAGCAGGCACACACUUCCUGUAUCCCCUGGAUUCACUUGCUCAUCAGGGGAGGACCCUGCUUAGUUAAUUGUGCUCUUCAGAGUCAGGAACAAAGUAGUCCAGGCACUACUGAGCCCUGUGGUGGAUGUGUCUUGGCAUCCUGUGUUAAAGGAGUUGCUACAUCGUCAUGACAGUGAUUACUGCUGUGGCAUGUCUAGCCACAAGAGGACUAGCAGGUGACUAGCAGGACUAGUGGGCGUGACUGGUAGUCCAUACAGAUCCAUGCCUUGGUCUUCUCGACUCUGACACAUAUGUACAGGGAGUUUCUAGUGCAGGAAAAGAACUUGAUUGUGUAUAGAAUAAUUAGAGUGAAUGGGCUGUGUCUCACUGAAUAGCGUUUCUUCUUCAUAGUCUAUCUAAAUCAUUCUUCUAUUUUUGUUUUCAUUUUGCUUUGAGACUGGACCUCCCAGGAUGGCCACAAGCUUACAGUCUUCUAGCCUCAGACUACUAGGUGCUGGGGUUACAGUCAUUGGCCACCUCUUGUGGCUCAUUUAAAGCAAUUGGAGUAUUCUAAUGAGCUCAUAAUUUAAAUCUCUUCUCUAUUUAAACCAUUUGGUUACAUUCUGCUGCCUUUUGGAUGAAGGUUAAAACAAACAAAGACAAGAAACCUUAACCUGUCCUUGACCCUUCAUAUACUACACACUUGCCUUUCUUUGCCACCUUCCUUAUCCUGACAGCCAUAGCUGGCCUUGUUCUCCUUUUCUCAGGAUCAAACCUCCAAUUAUCUGGCUAAUACCUUUUCUUCAGACCUCACCAUCAUUGUAAUUUUAGUAAUCAUUUGCUCAUUGGCGUUCAUAGUUCCCCACAAUCAUCAUAUCCUCACCUUUGUGACACUGAGUAGCAGGGUAAGGAAAUCAUACUUUGCUUAAAGUCCACUUACUCUACUGAAGGCUACAGCCCACGGGGGCAGGGACUGUCUUUAGAGUAGCUGCGGUUUUCUCUGAGUGUGCGUGCAGUGGACCCCUGAGCAUGCGUCAGUGAGGGAUCUAAUGAUUGGUGCUGAUUGGGAGAUAGUCCAAAUGAGAAAUCCCCCUCUUCUGACCCUUGGCAUGUCUGUCUGUCCACCACACACCCCUUCCUCAGCUUCUCUUUUCUGCUUAAUUAAGAUUCUCACUUGAGUAAUAAAAAAUUAGAUUUUGCUACUUAAAAGUAUCAGAAAGUGUUCUUUGACACUUAAUAAUGUAUUAAAUCUGGACUUAACGAUAGGCCUGACCUUCACCAGGGAAGACUAGAUGUCCAGAAAGUUCCUUAAGGUACCUAGCCAGUCAGGCAGAGCUGCUUCAGCUUAGGAGGCCGCUUGGCCACCCUGCUUGUCUCAGGUCUAGUGUUCUGUUGGUCAUUUGCUUGUUCCUUUUGUGCAGUGCUAGGGAUGGGGAACUCCCACAGAGCCACCUCCCUUGCCCUUUAGGACCCAAAGACUCUUCAAACUCACGUUGUCCAUAAAUCUUAAAGGCUCAAACCUAACUCUAAAAGUCAUGGGUCCCACCAGGCGGUAGUGGUGCACACUUUUAGUCCCAGCACUUUGCAGGUAGAACCAGGUGGAUCUCUUGAGUGCAAGGCCAGUCUGGUCGACCAGGUGAGUUCCAGGACAGCCAGAGCUACCUGUGACCCUGUCUUGAAAAAGUAAAACAGAGAAGACAAAAACAAAACAGAAGGCCCAUAGAUUCCUUAGGAAGUUGUGUGUUUGUCCAGCACAGCGGUUCUCACCCUUCUAGUGCUGCAGCCCUUUAAUACAGUUCUUAAUGUUGUGCUGACCCCAUCCCCAACUGUAAAAUAAUUUUUAUUGCUACUUCAUAACUGUUAUGAACCAUAAAUAUUUCUGGAGUAGAAAUUUGUCAAAAGGGUCACAACCCACAGGUUGAAAACCACUGAUUAGGUUCAUAUGAUCCUGGGGAGACUAAUGCAGGAAAGUCAGGAGUUUAAAAGCAGCCUGGGCUAUGUAGUGAGUUUGACAUACUGAGACAUUCUUUAAAAAAAUAAAAAGCUGGGCGGUGGUAGGUAGCCCUUUAAUCCCAGCCCUUGAGAGGCAGAGACAGGAGAAUCUUUUGAGUUUGAGGCUAUCCUAGUCUACCAAGCAGGUUUCAGGACAGCCAGGCUAUAGAGAGAAACCCUGUGUAGAGGGGCUGCUACGGUUGGUAUCAGAGAGCACCUGGGAGUUGUUCAUUAAAGGCUAUAAUUAGAAUUUUGCAUAAUAAAGAGAAUCACAAAUUUCAGGUGAGGUACAAAUUUGUUGAUUUUCAGUUUUUAAGCAGGAGGAUUCUGGGAAGGCAGGUCGGUCCUACUCAGGAUGUCACUAUGAUUAGCUUUCCUAAUCUACCAUUUCCUAAAGUGUGUUCCAUGAAACAUGCAUGAGUCUAUGGAUUUGCAAAGUGUGGAUGCUUUAGUCCUUCUUAAUACAGGGGACACAAUACUCACAGGAGGUAGAGGGUGGGAGGGACUUGGGAGGAAGACAGGAGGGGAAGGAGAAAGGGGGGAGCAGGAUCAGGUAUGGGAAGAGAGGGUAAGGAAAUUGAACUGAAAGUCCCAGAUGCCAGGAAAGCAAGAGGCUCCCAGGACCUAACGGGAUGACAUUACCUGAAAUACCCAACAAUGAAUGGGGAGACAGAACCUGUAGAGACCAUAUCCAGGGGUUACACAAGGCCCCUGGUUGAGGAAUGGCUACCCACUCACCUCCAAAUUUUUAACCCAGAAUGGCUCCUGUCUCAAGGAAAUACAGGGACAGAGUGCGGAGCAGAGACUGAAGGAAAGGCCAUCCAGAGACUGCCCUACCUGGGGAACCAUUCCAUAUACAGACAUCAAACCCCGACACUAUCACUGAUGCCAAGAAGUGCUUGCUGAUAGGAGCCUGAUAUAGCUGUCUCCUGAGAAGCUCUGCCAGAGCAUGACAAAUACAGAGGCAAAUGCUCGCAGCCAGCCAUUGGACUGAGCGUGGGAACCCCAAUGGUGAAGUUAGGGGAAAGACUAAAGGAGCUGAAGGGUUUUGCAACCCCAUAGGAAGAACAACAAUAUCAACCAACCAGACUGCCCAGAGCUCCUAGGGACUAAACCACCAACCAAAGAGUACACAUGGGGGGACCCAUGGCUCUAGUUGCAUAUAUAGCAGAGGAUGGCCUUAUCUGGCAUCAGUGGGAGGAGAGGCCCUUGAUCCUGUGAAGGCUCAAUGCCCUGGUGUAAGGGAAUGUCAGGGUGGUGAGGUGGGAGUCAGUGGGGGAGCACCCUCAUAGAAGCAGGGAGAAGAGGGGAUAGGAUAGGGGAAUUUUGGAGGGGAAACCGGAAAGGGGACAACAUUUGAAAUGUAAAUAAAUAAAAUAUCAAAUAAGUAAAUAAAUACAUUUUAAAAGAAAAGAAUACAUUUGUAAAUACAUUUACAAAAAGAAAAGAAAUAAAGUAAAAUCUUUUGUUUAAAAAUCUAAGCAUCAAAAGAAAUUGAAGGGGUUGGGGAUUUAGCUCAUUCGGUCCUCAGCUCCGAAAAAAAGAAAAAAAAAAAAAAAAAAAGAACAAAAGAAAUUGAAAGUGCCUGCUUAAAGUAGUUAGUGUAUAGUUUAUCCAGAACAUUUUAGAAUCUUUUACAUGUUAACCUCAUUGUAAACAGCUAAGAAAGAGGCAAGUUUUCACACAGAUAUUCCCCAUUAUAAAUUAAAAAUUUUUUUUUUUUUUUUGGAGCUGGGGAUCGAACCCAGGGCCUUGCGCUCGCUAGGCAAGCGCUCUACCACUGAGCUAAAUCCCCAACCCAUAAAUUAAAUUUUUAAUUAGCAUAUAACAUAUAAUGAUUUCAUUGUGACAUUUCAAUAAUAGCCACAAUUUUUUUUAGCAUAGGAUCUUCUAAGAUACAUUGUGUAUGGAGAAUAAUGUAGGAAAAUACUGUUUUCAACUUUUUCUUCUUUCAUGUUCAGAUUACAUGAAAAAAGAACACAGUUUCAUACACAGUUGAUUAUUUCCCUUCUCAAUCCUUUCCUUCCUCCCUCCCUUCCAAGUGUUUCACCUGCCCCAGCCUUUCCAGCUACAGACGAUUUGGGUGAGGCCAGGGUGUCCUGGGCGUCUGUGAUGACAGGACAUUGAAGGUGUAGUUGAUAGCCCUUCAGAUAUGACUUGUUUUUGCUGGGCACUGGGCACAGGGCCUCUUCAAUGCCAGGCAUGAGUUUCUCCAUGGAGCUACGUCCUAAAACUUACCUUUUUUCUUUGGUUACUUGAGAUUAUCCGGUGCUUUUUUCUAAGGCAUCUAAACUGGCUCCAUAUUAUUUUUAAUUAAUUUAUUCCUGGAUGAUUUCAUACCUGGGUAUGAUGUGAACUGUCCUAUGUGGGUGCUGGACAUAGAACUUGCCCUCUAGAAGCGCAGUGCACAUAGGUAAUCACUGAGCUAUCUCUGGCCCACAUGUAUGUAAUGUAUUACAUGUUACUAUGGCUACCCUCUCUCAUUCACUCUCAUCCCAACAAGUCCCUCUGUCUGCGUUCUCUGUGAGACCUGGAGAACCCCAUCUACCCCAUCUGUCCCAGGCCAGCCUCACACUUGGUUGUAGCCAAGGCUGAUCUUGAGCUUCUGAUCCUUUCUGCUCCUUCUCCCUGGUGUUGGGAUUACAGGCAUGUGUCGCUGUACCCAGUUUGUGUGCGGGACGACACCCAGAACUCUCUGUGUGCUGUUCACGUACCCUUACCAACUGAGCUACAGCCCCAACCCCUAAGACAUCUUCUUUAAGAAAGUACAAUUUAAAGUACCAUUGACAAAUAAUGUUUUCUUUACUAUUUUAGCUUAGUAUCGAGGGCUAGAGACACUGAGUUUCAAUUAACCAAAUUGGGGAACUUUUUAAAAAUACUUUGGUUUGAAGAGCAUUGUAACAGCUAAGCCCUCGCACUGCAUGCUUCCGUGCUCCUUUAGAACGACCCCCUUUCUUUUCGUGCGAUGCUGUCGCUUGCCUCUUUCUUUCACAAGCACCAUAAGUAGUUCAUGCCUUUAAUCUUUACUGGAAACGUACUGAGCCUGGCUUUGCCGGGAGCGAAGAGGCAGUGUAUUUUUAGCUUCUCGAAGAUUAAGAUGACCCAGUCGCCAUACUAAGUGCAGUGUUGACAUUACAGUUUGUCCCUGGCCAAAUAUAUAAAAUGACGCACUAGCAAGAGGUCUGAGGGUUUGGAUGACUUGUUUCAGAUGAUUUCUGCUGGGACCUGUGACAGUCUGUGCUCCUGUCUCACUGCUGGGACCUGUCCCUUCUGCUCUGGUUUAAAAGCUUCCUGGCUAUCGCUGCACCUGUACCUAACUGGGGAGGAAUCAGCACCCCAAACCCAGGACCUGGUGCAGCCUGGGCUCCUUUGGAAACACUGAGGCUCACACAGCCAUUGAUUAGAAAGAUUUUUUUUUUAAGAUUUAUAUAUUAUAGAUAAUAUUUACUACAUAUAAAUAUUAUAUAUAUAUAUAUAUAUGAGUUCAUUGUAGCUGUCCUCAGACACACCAGAAGAGGGCAUCAGAUCUCAUUACAGAUGGUUGUGAGCUACCAUGUGGUUAUGUGGUUGCUGGGAAUUGAACUCAGGACCUCUGGAAGAGCAGUCCGUGUUUUUAACUGCUGAGCCAUCUUGCCAGCCCCCUAGAAAGUCUUUUUAAAGGGAACUUCUUUGUGUAAUCAAGUGAGAUUUUGGAAUGGUGUGGGGCCUUUCUGUCAAGGCUCUCUUUGCGAGUUGUGAACUUUGGUUUCUCCCUUGUCUCUCCAGGUCUCAGGGCUUGUGGUCGUUUUUAAUGUGAAUACCCUGUUUUAAUCAGGAUUAAUAUGUUCUUCUUGCUGUACAUAGUAGCACAGGCCUUAUAAUUCCAGCCACUCAGGAGGCUGAGGCAAAAGAGUCACAACUUUGAGACCAGCACAGUGAGGUGCGGCAUCAAAACAAUCUCUUUCUUCAGCUCAUAUUUGAGUGUAGAGUGGCUUACGGGGUGACAGUCAGAAAAAGACCAUGGUCAUUCUCCUAGGCGUUUGCUUUAGCACAACGCACAGGGUCUCCACACUUAGAGGUGGGUGGUGUCAGCCAGCUGUCUAUCCGUUGGUGAGUGCUUGGAAGAGCUGGUAUAAAGGCCCACUAGGGUAAAGGAAACAGGCCUGAGUCAGCUCAGCCAGAGUGCUCUGCCUACACUGUGCCAAUCAUCUGGCUCACGGACUUGAACCCAAUGUCUUGGUCACUGUCAUCCUCGUGGUACGGUUUUGGCUGAUUUAUUUUCACCCCGCAGUCCCAUUCCCAGGCAGCGUGGAGAAGCCAGGCAGUCCCAUUCCCAGGCAGCGUGGAGAAGCCAGGCAGUCCCAUUCCCAGGCAGCAUGGAGAAGCCAGGCAGGACAUUCCCAGGCAGCGUGGAGAAGCCAGGCAGGACAUUCCCAGGCAGCGUGAAGAAGCCAGGCAGGAGCAGCCCAGAUGCUGUGCGGGGCUUUGCUAGCUGGGCUCUCUCUUAUGUCUCCUGAAAUGACCACCUCCAGGCCUGAUGCCCUGAGUCCAUCCCUGGCACCCCGUGGUGGGAGGAGACAGUCAACCCCACAGAUGUGGCCCAUUACACAGUGAAUUUUUCAAAUGUACUGUUUUUAAAGGGGUGACGAUCUUCAGGCCAAAGACCUCACAGAUCUCCACACCCCAUAAAGCAUAGAGGAGGUAUUGGUCCCUGCUGUGUGAUCAUGCAUUUUGAGCUGUGGAGAUGACAUCAGGAUCAUUUUAAACCUUUCACUUCUAGUACCUGAGAUUGUGAAAAAUGGUAAGAAUUAUCCUUUAUAAAGCAAAAGAAAAUAAAAUCCAAACCAUUCCGCAUGUGGACUUUUUCAGUCUCUCCCAGGCAUCUCCAAAGUUAGUAACAGUGAAUUUGCUGAACCGAGAAGGCUGUCGGUGAUUCUUGUGGCUAGCAAGAAUCUGUUUGCACAUCAUCCCUUUCAUUGCUUAGGCGUCUGCCAUCCACUUUUUAGACUGUGGGAUUUCAGCUCACAGACAGUUGAAACAGUGGUAUUUUUAGCUAUUCCUGGCCAGCUUACUAGCAGGGCCCCUGCAGUAGCACUGGGUGGACGUGGUAACCAGUGGGAGUAUUAAUAAGGCUGUGUGAUUUUUAGGUCUGGAUUAAGUCUCUGAUUCAAGCCAAGUUUUGAGUGCAUUGUGUUAAAACCCCCAUUGUGUUUAACUCCCAUUAAAUGUUUUUGUUUAUGUUUUUUUCCCAGAAGACAUGUUGUUCCAGGUGAUAGGAAAUGACAUACUAAGUGAUCCAGGGGCCUUUCAUGGCCUGAUCAUGGAAUACCCUAAUUAUAUUAAGGCCAGUGGCCAGUUCCUUAAUUUUUAACUUUUGAACACUUUCCAACUACAUUAAACUUAAGGUGUCAAACCCACACAUAGUGCAUUUAACGACUCCGAUGUGUUUCUACCUGCCCCUCCUCCCUAUAGGCCUCCAACCCCCACCAGUCUCUACCUCGGAAAUUCCAUGUGUGGCUCUGAUGGAGGUGACUUGACCUGCCCCAUUCUAAAUGGGUCCUGUCACGGCACUAAAGGUCCUAGCUGUACUGCUUAAAUGGCCACUGUCGGAAUUGGUUAUUGAGAUGUUAAGUUUGUUCAGACCUCAGGAACUUCUUUCAUUUUACUUUAAGUUAUAUGUCUGAGUGUAUAUCUGUACAUGGGUGUGGGCACAUGAACGAGGAACCCAUGGAGACCAGAAGAGGACAGAAUUCAGGUCCUCUGCCAGGGCAUCAGGUGCCCGUGCUACAGAGCCACCUCCAGAGCUUGAUUUUAGAUGGUGAACUCAGGAUUCCUUCUAUUGGCCAGAGAAUGUAUUCUAGCAUCUCACUUUAGGGCUGUUCACCUUGAUUUCCUCCCAUAUUCACAAUCCUUUUAAUGUAUGUCCUGCCUAUGAUAUGUUGAGUUGUAUCUGGCAUUGCUCUGAGCUCUCCUUAGCUUACGUCUAUACUACUGUGUUUGUCUUUACAUAUUAAAGCUUGUUUACAUUACUGUGAGAAGUCUGUGAGACUCACAGUAUAUCCUGGGCUGGUGAGGCUGGCUUCAAACUCAUAGAGAUCCGCCUACCUCUUAAAGUUUGUACUUUCAGUCCUGGAAGUGCUGGAGCCAUCUCGAGCCAUGCUGUAGCUGUCUCUUCCCAGAGCUGCCAUCCUUUUGGUAGCACCAUGUAGGAUCUCCCGGGAGUCUGGUCCCGCUGACAAUGUCCUUUCCAAGUAGGAUUCCCAGAAUGAAGAGAGUCCGUGGCUCCAACCAGGAGUGUAGCUAGUUUUCUCUUCGUCUGGUUCAGAUUUGUGUUUGCAGUGAGUGUGCAGCAGUGCCCGGGUCCUUCAUUUCUUUCCCUGGCCUCUGAGCCCCUAGAUGGCAAACACCCCUGACUCUAGUAUCCAGCACCUCGCCCCACAGGGUGGUUACAAGGCCAGGCGAAGGUGGAGGACCCCACUUCAGAGCUGUGCUUUUCAUUUGAGAGGACCCAGGUUCUCUUGCCGAAUCUGUAUUUGAUGUGUUUAAGCACAGAGGUGCUGUUGUCUCUCAGUGUCCUCUCGGACCUGAGGGAGGCUCUGAGUAGCUUUCUGUGGCCUUCCAUAGCUGUGACUCCACAUCGUUGACUUCCUCCCCUCCUCUCUGUGGUGUACUCCCGUGUCAGGGGCAGAGGCCUUCUUCAGGUGUCUUCCUCUACCUGUCUCUAACACGGGUUGUUUUUUUUUGGGGGGGGGGGGUUGCUUUGUUUUGUUUUCUGAGACAAAUCCUUUACUGAACGUAGAGCUCACUGUCUCUACUGGACUGGCUGGCCAGAGAGCCCUGCCCCACCCACCUGUAUCUGGGGACACUGGGCUCACAGCCUGGCUUGUAUGUGAGUGGUUGGCGCCCACCUCAAGUCCUCAGGCUUGUGGAGUAAGCCUCCGCCUCUGAGCUAACCUCCCACCCCAGCCCACUCUCCUCCUUAAGAUCUUUGGCAAAUCUCAUGGUUGGUUCAGUUUCUCCUUUUGUUGGCUUCCUCCUUUUUCCAAGUCCUGCCAACAUGAUUCUGACCAGGGGCAGCAUUACAUUGGUUUCUGUUCAGUUUCAUGGCCUCAUUUGGCCUCUUUUCCCAGCUUGUCCACUUGCACUUCACCAUCUGUAAUCUGUGCUUUUAAGUGGCUUCCUGCCAGCCACCUGGAAGCACUGACUUGCCCCAGGAUGGCCAGGUACCUGGUUGGCCUAUUUGAGUGAUAGCUCUCGUCAAGGGCAUACAGUUUUGGUUGCUUUUAGAACAUCAGCCUCGCCGCAGCUGACAGGACCAGUGCCUUGUCUCAAGCUACAAAGCUUCCAGCCCAGGGAGAGAGACAUCGCACCUGUUCAUGCUUUUGCUAGAGACUUGUUUCUGCCUCUAAGAGUUACCUAAUCUGUCUACUUAAUUUGGGAGGUCAGUAUUUUGAUUGUUAGAGACAAAACAAGCAUUGAGAUCACUUUGUGAUAGCUGACAUUCUUUUGGUCCAUAUAAUUCUUUUUUUUUCCUGUUUACUAAUCUUUUUUUUCUUUUUUUCCUCUUUUUUAAAAAAUUGGGUAUUUCUUAUUUACAUUUCAAAUGUUAUUCCCUUUCCCAGUUUCCUGUCCAUAAACCGCCUAACCCCUCCCCUAUACAAUUCUUAACUAGCUUCCUGCAGUCUUUGCCUAUUCAAAGCCCACCUCCGUUCUUCUUACCUGUAGGAGAACAUUACUCUUGGGCCUAGUCACCCCAUGUGGCUGUGUAUCUGACUGUUUCUAUAUGUCCUUCUCACGUCCUGUGCCCUUGAGCCUUCUGGAAAUGGAGGGCCAACUCGCUUGUGUGGUUGGCUCUGCCUAGACCUUGGGCAUCUGGGCUCUUUGGUAGUGCACACCUGUAGCUCAGUUCCUACCAGGCUGAUGUCCUCAGUGUCGUGGCUGAACUGAUGCCCUAAAACUAAGGGAUUUAGGUGACUGACAGCUUUUUUUCUCUUGUAUUUCUUUAUCAAGAAAAGUAGCGCUAAUCUGGUUAGUCAGAUGGUGUUGAGGUAUGGCAGAAACCACAGCAAGUUUGGGAAUGCCUUUAGGAAACUUUUAUUUUAUGUUAUUGAUUCAAUUUACUGUGCUUGUUUGUUUGUUUUUGGCUUUCCAGACAGGGUUCCUCUGUGUAUCCCUGGCUGUCCUUGAGCUCACUCUGUAGACCAGGCUGGCCUCUAAGUCAGAUCCACCUGCCUCUGCCUCCCAAGUGCUGGGACUAAAGGCGCUCAUCACCACCACCUGAUUCAAUUUACUAUUUUUUAUUUUGUUUGGGUGUACAUGUUCAUGUGUGUGUGCGUGUGCGUGUGUGUGUAUAGGCCAGAGGUUGAUGUUGGGGUGUCAGUUACUCUCCACCUUAUUUUUUUGAAAGUGUCUCACUAGCCCUCUGCCUCACUGGCUAGACUAGCAGGCAGCAGCUCUAAAGAGCCUCCUGUCCCAUCUUCCCUGUGGACAUGACUGCUGCCUGGCCCUUACGUGGGUGCUGGACCUACACUCAGCCUCUCAUGCUUGUGUGACAGUCAUCUUUUUUUUUUUUUUUUUUUUUUCCGGAGCUGAGGACCGAACCCAGGGCCUUGCGCUUGCUAGGCAAGCGCUCUACCACUGAGCUAAAUCCUCAACCCCGACAGUCAUCUUAAUGACUGAGCCACCAGUGUAGCCUCAAACACUAUUUUAGGAAGGAGUUGUGUCUUAUCCUCCAUUGUAUAGUGAUGUUGGCUGGUAAUUAGCAAUGUGUCAGUGAGCCUAUAAACACUAGUCACAUGGAUGAAUCCACUUUGUACAAAAUAACCACGAUCCUGUAGUGGCAUGGGACAAUCUGAAGAUCAGUGUCCUUCAUGGACAGUGUCUCCAUGACAUAUCUUUGUGCAAACCCUCAGAUCAAUGCCUUCCGUACAGGUGCUCUGAGAGGCUUUGGAGUCAGCUCCACUCACCGAUGUGGAAGAAGCUUGGAGAUGUCUUCAGGAAAGGCCUCUCAGACUUGAGUAUUGUCCAAAAGCAGAUGCUCUAUUUAGACUCCUACUGACUGGCAUUAAUUAAGUAAAAAUUAAAAAAUGACAAUAUUCACAAACUUACAAGUGCAGUUGGAAGGUGUUCGAAAUGAUAGCAGUUUGAAGGGGUGACAGAAAAGUAAAGACUGCAUUGUGCUGUGUAUUACCUGACCUGACAAGAGCUUCAUGCCACGAGACCAUGCCUGGCCCAGCACAAUGUUUAAGUCAAGACCUCUUAACUCUUAAGUCAAGAUCAAGGGAAAGGCCUGUCCUGCAGUAUAGCUUAGGGAGAGCUACUGUGGCUGUAAUAAGGAUCACUGGUGCCCAGUGUGAAGAUCUUCACAAAGAUCCAAAGAUCAGACUCGAUCCUGCAAAACUCUCACAAAGGCGGCUUCUGCCAAGCUCAGCUGGAAGCCAGUUGAGUAGCUGGAAAGCCAUUCCAGUCACAUCGUGUUGUCUUUUCAGCUGAGCUGUGUGCAGCUGACCUACUUUUCUGUAUCAAAGAACACUGUCCAAAAACUGAAAAGGCAACGUACAGGAUAGAGCAGGCAUUGUCCAGACUGAAUCCAGAUUAUAUAACGAAGUCUCCAACUCAACAACAGAUCUGGAUAGAGGACAGGUACAUGGCCGCGCUUGGGGUUUGCCCUGCACAGUCCCAAGAGCACUGAGAGGGAUGGAUCACACACUUACCUUAGAAUUAAAUCAUUAGCAGAUGGAAAAGAUGGGGCCUCAAUCAUGGGCACAGGUGUAGACAUCGGCGCCCUGCUACUUUGUGCAUCAGAAUACAAAAUAGUUUAUAGCUGCUGUGGAAAAGAACAUGAGAGCUCCUCAGAAACCAAACCCUGAAUGGAGAGGUGGCUCAGCAGCAGUUCAGAGCACGUGCCGCACAGCGUGAGGACCGGUUGGAAUCCCAGCACCUGCGUAAUACACUUCCGCACAGGUGCCCCUAAUUCUACCUCCAAGGAGGGCCGGGACAGGAGAAUUGCUGAGACUGCUAGUUCCCAGCUUUACCCAGAAGUCUGUACACAUACAAACACACAUGCAUAGACAUCUAUAAAUAACACACAUAAGUCUUUUUUAAGUUAAAAUCAAACGCUAUCUGCCUGCCUGCCUCCUUCCCUAAGCAUCCACCCUCACAAACAGGAAACAGCUGCUUUCACAAGGCCCAGCCUGCGUUCUCCAAGCAGUACCAACCCCAGCACGUUAGAGGGAGAGACAGCCCAUGUCCCCAGCAGAUGAUCGAACAGAAUGUGGGAGUCAGGUAAAACGUGCAGUGCUCAUAAAACAACGUAGUCAUUAAAAAAAGUGAGUGUUCCUCCACAGUACAGUGGGGAUGUGGUGGUGCUCAGGUGGGAGUCAGAGCCCUGUGCAUGCAGAAAAGCUCAAAACAUAGUAAAGCCAGAUGAAACAUAUCUCACAUAUGUAACACAUUUCUGUAGACUGUCCAGAACAGACAAACAUGUAGAAGGUAUGUACUGGAUUUCCAGUUGAGCUCUCAGGAGCACUUUGUAACCUUAGGUAAUGUCGUCAUGUGGUGUCAAGGCUUCACAUUCAGUAGAACACUUUGUACACUUUAAAAUUUUUGAUUUCAGACAUGGUGGUUCACACCUUUAAUCCCAGCA